GUGCCUGAAAAUGGCGUCGCGCUUGUUUAUUUGACAUACAGUUCAUUUUUUUUCAGAAUUGACUGUCUCUGGGUAGGCAAUGAACACUAAAUUACAAAAAUGCAUUUAACAAUGUGGGUCACAUAACUGAAUAUAACACAACAGGCUUGAUUCCUUUUUGGUAUCAAUGAUUUCGUGACCUACUUGAAAGGUGAUUCAUAGUUGACCAAAUCAAAACAUUCCAACUUGGAUAGCCAUCUGAAUUGAGUCAUGUUCAAGUCGAAGAAGAAACGGCCUGAAAUAUCAAUCCCUUCAAACUUUGAGCAUAGAGUACACACGGGCUUUGAUAGAGAGCAUGGGAUUUUUGUCGGAUUACCUGCGCAGUGGGCUGGUAUUAUCGGUGUCGAGAAGGAGAGACCGCGGCCCAUUAUCGAUCCUUCCAGCAUCACACAGACCGACAUUGAACCCAUGAAGACAAUAAUUCGAGGUCAUUCGACAGUUGAUAUAAAUGGCUAUCACUCUGGUUUUAAAGGCAUAAGUGUUGCUCGUUCCAAUUCGUUACGCCGUGAUAGCCCACCGCCCUACCGCAGAGGCUACCAGGGUAAUGCGAACAUCAACACGGUCCACGAAGAAGAACCAUACAAAACCCCAAACCACCACCAAGGCCAGCACCAAUACGGUCGCGACCAGCCCGACUACAAAGAGUAUUCACCGCGGAACUCGCGUGGUGACCCGGCUGAGUUUGCUGAGCACGGACGCUAUCCACAGGAGCGUGGCUACAAAGACAAUGGCUACCCACCAGACAAGGAUCAGAGAGAAGCUAGAAGAGAUUACAGAGAUCCUAAUUUCUCAGAUCGUGAGUUCCGCCACCCAAAUCAAAAAGACCCUCGAGACCAGCCUAGGGAUGAGUCGUUUGACCGCCGCCAGAUGGACUACAAUGAUCGGAGUUUCAAUAGUUCGUACGACAGGGAUCAGUACCGAGAUAACUCGUUUGAACGCGAUCCGUACAGGGACCGACAGCGGGAGAUGUCCCCAUACAACAUGGGCCCCCCACAGGAUGGGCGUGGUGGUCCACCUCACGACCCCAGUAGACAGAUGCCCAAUGGAAGCCUUCAUAACAAUCGACAGCAUCCUGACAUGACUCCAUACUCGCCCAAGAGUGCAGCGGCCAUGCAGUAUGAACGGGUGGGGCCCUCCCCAAAUAAACCCAACCAGCUCUCACCAAACCAGAUUCCUUAUCAGGGCCCUCAAUCGGCCGGUGCCAAGGGGCCACCGUCUCCCGCUAGAUCCCCAACCGGCAAGCAACCAGGCCCCAGUCCGGUUGAACAACAAACAGUUUCGCAUGAACAGUUUCGAGCAGCAUUGCAAAUGGUGGUUACGCCAGGUGAUCCUCGUGAAUUUAUUUCAAACUUUGUCAAAAUUGGUGAAGGUUCUACAGGUAUUGUGUGCAUUGCUGAUGACAGGUCAAAAGGUCAUCAGGUAGCUGUGAAGAAGAUGGAUUUACGCAAACAGCAGAGACGAGAAUUGCUCUUCAACGAGGUGGUUGUGAUGCGAGACUACCACCACCCGAACAUUGUGGAUAUGUACAACAGUUUCUUGGUGCGUGACGAGCUGUGGGUUGUCAUGGAGUUCAUGGAGGGAGGAGCACUCACCGAUAUCGUCACACAUGGCAGAAUGGAUGAGGUACAGAUCGCCACUGUGUGUAAAGCAUGCUUGAAGGCACUGGCAUUCCUGCACUCACACGGCGUCAUACACAGAGACAUCAAAUCAGACUCCAUUCUCCUCUCACAUGACGGCAAGGUGAAGUUAUCAGAUUUUGGUUUCUGCGCACAAGUAACUCAAGAACUGCAGAAAAGAAAAUCCCUCGUUGGUACGCCAUAUUGGAUGGCUCCUGAGGUUAUUUCAAGAUUACCGUAUGGCCCAGAGGUAGACAUCUGGUCGCUGGGUAUCAUGGUUAUGGAAAUGAUCGACAACGAACCCCCGUUCUUCAACGAGCCUCCACUACAGGCAAUGAGGAGGAUCAGGGACAUGCCACCACCCAAGCUGAAAAACACUCACAAGGUAUCACCACGGUUACAGGGAUUUCUCGACCGCAUGCUUGUCCGGGAUCCUACCCAGAGGGCGACAGCUGCUGAACUCUUGAACCACCCUUUCCUGCGGGAGGCUGGACCCCCCUCCUGUCUUGUCCCCUUGAUGCGUACGUUCAGAAACAGUCCAUGUUGACGGUCACACUGAUAACGCUUUGUUGGAUCAACGCUAAAGGUGUUGAGUAAGAUGAGCUAAGUACUUUGUGUUGGCUGUGUGUCUGCUUGAAAUGCACUCAUCAUAGACCAGCAGCAUUUUUCUUCCAGUCUAAUAAAGUAACUCACCAGCGAUGGUCAUUACAAUAUUCAUUAGAAAAAACAAACAGUGGUCAUUUCGUUUUCUAUAAUUUUGUACAUAUCCCAUCAGCUACUUCCCAGUAGUGCAUGUAUGAGCCAGUGCAGGCAUGUAACAUGCUUUUGAUUACAUGGAAACAAAACUGAAGUCAAACUAUGUUUUAUUUCAUAGUUGAUGUCAAAUAUUUAAAGUCUUUAUAUUCCAUCUCUCUAUGCAAUGUUUUUAGUACUUAUUGCAGCAUAGAGUCUACUUUUACUAUACAUUGCAUAGGCUGGAAUAUACCUCGAGCUUGCUGCACAAGUUAAGAUCGUUUUACGACAGCAUAUAUUGCAUGUAUAUACAUGUCUGUAAUCUGGCAACAAGCUAUAGCUAGUGUAAUAUAAUACAUCUGCAUGAUUUUUGAACAUUAUUUUGUAGGUAUUGUGUAAAAUUGUCAUGUGUUGUGUAUAAAAGAUGAUUACAGAGACCGGUCGUCGGACACUUGAGUUGGUCGGUGGUAUCAAACUGGGUUGUGCCUUUCACACAGUGUAACGAAGAAUCCAUCCACAGAUGUCUCCGCCCAACUUGUUUUCACUAUGCAGCUUUACACUCGCCGACUGUCACACACGACAGUGCGGCUUUUUAACUCGGCUUUUUUACAGCUGAACUUUCAACUGAUUUCUUAGCUCUUUUUCUCAUUAUCUUUGAAUUUUGUCAAGACAUCUUUAAAAGAAGAUUGUAAUGUUUGAAGUAUUUGAAUUGGGAUCCAUUCAAAAUAGUAAGUGUAUGAUUAGUGUGUAAAUAUAUUAUCUUGAUGGAGGUUACAAGACCUGGACAGUUGGAUGAGUUUUACAAGGAUUGUUUUGUUGCAUUAAAUUUUUGUCACUUUGUGAGUUUUCAUGAAAGUAGGUCCUAAUAUUGUCCUAUGAGAGGCUUACAAAUGUUUCUACAAAUGUUUCUACUGGAUGGAGAAAGAGAUGUUUUCGCUUGGUUAUUCCCACAUGUUUUUGUCAAAGCCAUCAUUUUACCUUCCUGUUGAUAGCACUACCCAGGAUAUGUAUAUCUAAAGGCUGUUGGUUCAACAGUGUUGACAAUUUAGGGGAUAAAAAAAAGAAACUAUUUAAAGAUUGAUUUAUUUUGCAUUUAUUGUAUUAUUGAAAAAUGCAUUUUAAAAAUAUUUCCAUGUAUGAAAAAAACAUUUCUUUGUUAGUAUUGACUGUUACUGUGAGAUUUAGAGCUGUAACGAUAUGGUGAUACAGUAUCGUAUUGCAAUACGAGGGCCACGAUACAAUACAUUCAUGUUUUAAUAAUUUUUGGUAAAAAAGUUCAAGCAGAAAACGUAAUUUCAACAUUCAGUUGAUGGAAUUCCCCUGUAAUUAAGGUGUCUAUUAAUAGUCCUCGACAUUGAUAUCUAAACGUACACCAUAGGUUUAUUUUUUGCUUACAAAAUUAAUUAAGGUUAUCAUGUUUCAUAUACUUGAACUAAACAAUUAAUUAUCGAUAAUUGAUAUGAAAAGUUAAGUAUCACAAUAUAACCCAAGUAUCAGUAUACGUAUCAUAUCGUGAUCUCCCGCAUCGUUACAACUCUAGUGAGACUGUUUCUCAGAAUUAUAAUAGUGAUUACUUUUGAGUAAUGUUGAUAGAUGUGCCUAGACUCUGGUUGUUAUACGAAGAACAACAUGUUGCUGGGCCGACUGUUGCUGUGUCAUUCUGGAAACCUACCUCAGACUACUCCGCAAACCAAAGCUUUAUAAAGACACUUAAAACCAGAGUUUAAGGACCACCGAGAUGUGGGAAGGGGUUUGGGGGAAGUGGUCAAACCAGCAUAAAAUUAUUUGCGUUGCUUAGAUUGGUUUUUUCAUUUGAGAUGGUAUUAUUUUAAAGGCAGUGUGCUAGAUGGCACUCCUCUAUCCCAAUGUUUCAUACUGUUAAAAAAUUAAGACCCCCCCCCCCCCCCCAAUCCCACCACCCACCCCCAGUUCCAAGUGAAAGUGUGGAACUAUCACUUUUCAUGAUUAGUAGCACAAACUUGGCCAAUGUAUAGAAACAUAUAUAUAUAUAUUAUUAAUAAGACUCCAUCAUAUGUGGUCAUGUGGGAUAGAAAAAGUACACCCGAGGUGGUGGAAAUUUCAACUUGGGAAGAGGCUUGCCGAGUCCCAGGGUUGAAAUUUCCACCACGGAGGGUUUACUUUUUCUUUCCCACAUGACUGCAUACAAUGGGAGUCUUUUUCUCCCAUUUAUUCGAUAAAUAAACCAUUAUUUUACACGAACAAACAAAGAUGGCUGAAAAAGUAACUUCUUUAUUUGACAGUUUUAUCAUAAAUAAUCUAUACUUUUUCAUGUGUUAAAUACAUUUUAACACUACAGAUUAAUAAGCUUUUAUAAUGAAGGUUUUAAUAACAAAAUAUCGAUCUAAAACUAACCAACUCGCAUUAAUAUGACAUCCUAUAUUACCAAUGCCGUAUUACUCCCCAUGUUAAACUCAGUGACGUCGUAGCCUAUACAAGACAGUUGUUUCUUAUGGGCUGACGUUAUAUAUAUAUAUAUAUAUAUAUAAUCUGUUCCUCUCAUUCCAUUAAUACAAAUUAAAUAUAUAUUUGUUAGUUGAACAUUUAUCUUGCUUGUUAUCACUUAAAAUUGAGAAGUUCAUUUUCAAAACACAAUGUACACCAAUUUCUAACUUUGUGAGUUAGCUGUGAAGGUGCACUGUAUACUAUAGUACAAAUCAGCAAUAUGACACUAGUUUCUAUCAAAACACAACCUAAGCCCAUUAAACACAAUCUUAAUGCUGUUUUGUCUUGUAUAUGCUAUCGAUAUAUCACAUUUUGGAAAUAGACUAUUAAAUUACUAAUCACUAUUACUGUAAAACGGGUACUUUUCACAAUUUCAUAUAAAGUUUAUUUUGCUGUUUGUGAUUUUCGUGGAUGCCAAAAAACUAAUUUUAAAAAACGAUUUUAAAAACUAUUAUGAUUUAUUGUUUUACACACAUUAAAGUUAUCUAUUCACUAUUUACAUUUAUGGUAGAUGCAAGAAAAUCAUUCUUUAUUUUAUUCCUUAACUGUUUUGUGAAAUUAAGACCUUGACCCUUAUGCCAGUUUCAGUCUAGUCUUUAUAAUUAAGGUCUUAAUUAUUUGUAUGAAUGUGAUUUUCAGAGUUGACUUACAGAUGUAUAAAUUGUGUACAAAAAGUACCUGUUUUAUAGUAUAUCAUCACAUACUCAUUGGAAAUUAUGUAAAUACCUGUCCAUUGCUUCUGUGUAUUUACCUAAUUAAAGACAUUUAACAAAAUAUUGGUUAUAAUACUUUAAAUAUAAAUUUCAUGUAUGUGUUUUGCACUUUUCCUUAAAAAGAUUGGAAAUGAAAUAUUUUGCUACUAGCAGUUAUAUUAAAUUUGGUGCUUUACUUUGGAAUUCGAAUAGGUAUUGUGUAAUUGUUACAAACCACAGUAUGCUUAAGACACACAAAUAUUCUUGAAAACUGCAAGGCACAUUACAAGCUGUAUCAUGUUCAUAAUAGUGUGUAAUAUAUGUUUACAUAUGGCUGUAUAUUAUGAAUAACAAGUGCUUUGAAUCAUGUAUCCAUUACAGGUGUGAACAUGGUCAUUUCUGUUACAUUUCCUAUUUAACUGAAAAUUUACAUUCGUUAUCUAUUUCCGUUGUGGAAAAUAACAAGUGAUGGCUGAGGUGAGUUAAGAAUAUAGGAACUUGUCUUAAGUAUUAAUUCCUCGUUACUUAGGGUUUGCACUGCCAUUCACUGAAUUUGCCAAUUGCACAUUUCUGUAAUAAAUAUUUAUUUAAAAUGUUUCAGUUAUAUGAAAUAGAUUAUGGAAGUGGUUUAAGAUCAUUGGUCUGUGAAAGUACUGUGGAUACAUUGCAGUUUUCCUACCAGUGUUAAAACAGUAACAAUCGCUUACGUCUGUGAUGUUGGAAAGUACCGGGUAGAUCAUGCUUGCCCACAAUUGUUUUUGUUUUUCAGCAUGAAACACAAUACUACAAUAUCUCCGUCUGAAAUGUUGUUUCACACAAAUCUAUUGAAAAUUAAAUUAGUCAUUAAUUGUUAGUGUACUACAGUAAUUUAAUAUUUUUAUUUUUAUUAUUAUUUUAAUAAAAAGUAUUUACUUGUUACUAAUACUUGUAUUAAAUGAAUGUUCAUGUCAUGAAAUUGAAAUAUUUCAGUUACAUGUUGAAAUAGUGAAUUUAUGAAUUGAAAUUUGAAGUUGUAGACAUAUUAAAAUUAAACUACUAGUAAUAGACAAGUUUUAACUGGUUAUUAUACAGCCAGGUCUAUCUUCAGCUGGAUUUUGGCGGAGAGAUUUGGGUCUCAUCAGGCAGCCAUUUUUGUUCUUCCAUACAUUUGAACAAGCCUAUGUUCAGCCAGCAGCUUUUCACUAACGUUUCCUAACCUUUUUUCACUGGUUUUUAAAGUAGUCAUUCAGUUUAAUGUGUUGGGUAAAAAAGUCGAGCAAGUGUUAGCGACAAACGGUUGAAUGAACGUGGCCCAAUUUUUCAUCAAGCUAAUUUUUAACGCCCUCUGAUGUGAAGUGUUAUUUUAUUUUUACAACUUCAAAAAAUUAACGGGGAAAAAUGCUUACAAACUGCCAAAAAUUAUUUUUAUUUGGAAAAGUUUAAUAUAAAAAGUAUUUCUUAAAACAUGUUUGAUUAUUUUGUACAGUUUUUAUAAAUAGUCAUUUCAUAAAUAUGCCACAAGGAACAAAGUACCUGUUUUAUUUUUAUAACAUGAAACUUAUGACAAGCAUAUUUAAUGUGAGACUUGUAGGUAGUAAGGCAAUAUGUCGCCAUGGUGAUGAUUACAGAUUCUCUCCUCUUGUCUUCUCUUGCAUUCCUUCACUUUAACUCUUUAAUUCCAAGACAUGCAUUUUGUUUGUGCUUACAGUGCUAGGUACUGUUAACUCUUUAAUUCCAAGAUAUGCCUUUUGUUUGUGCUUACAGCGCAAGGUACUGUUAACUAUUUUAAAAGGUAACCCGAGUUAUCGUUCCUUGAAGCCUUGUGAAAUACUGUUCACCUGUUCAAUGUACAUACCGGUUUUAGUUAGCUGUAGCUGGGCAGGUAGCUGGCACUGCUUGAUGGAUGUCAUGAAUUAACAUGCUAGUUAGAGACAGAUCAAUAGCAUAACUAUAUUUUUAUACAGGGAGUCAGAGUUGUAUUAUAGUGUACAGAGUCUAACCAAAUGAUAGUGAACAUGUGGUUUUUGACUGUGUUGUUGACUGGUGCACUGGUCGUCACAGUUAGACCUACCUGUACAGGAUAUUGUUUUCUUUGUAAGUAGUGUAGGUCGGAAAUGUUGUUGACUGGUGCACUGGUCUUCACAGUUUGACCUACCUGUACAGGAUAUUGUUUUCUUUGUAAGUAGUGUAGGUCAGAAAUCUUGUUGACUGGUGCACUGGUCAUCACAGUUUGACCUACCUGUACAGGAUAUUGUUUUCUUUGUAAGUAGUGUAGGUCGGAAAUGUUGUUGACUGGUGCACUGGUCUUCACAGUUUGACCUACCUGUACAGGAUAUUGUUUUCUUUGUAAGUAGUGUAGGUCAGAAAUGUUGUUGACUGGUGCACUGGUCAUCACAGUUUGACCUACCUGUACAGGAUAUUGUUUUCUUUGUAAGUAGUGUAGGUCGGAAAUGUUGUUGACUGGUGCACUGGUCUUCACAGUUUGACCUACCUGUACAGGAUAUUGUUUUCUUUGUAAGUAGUGUAGGUCGAAAAUGAAGACAAAUGGUUAUUCAUAUAAACCUUGAUUGUUGUGUCUAAUAUUUGUCAGAUGUGUGUACUGCUGAUAGACCAGCGGAACAAGUGGCUAUUUAUUUUUAAAACAAAGAAUGAAUUUCCACACUGUUGUAAGGUCAUAUUGUUUUUGAAAUUUUGUAAAGCUGUACAAAGCCCAAGCUCCAAUACAGCUUGUUGUGAGACCAGACAUACCAUUGAGUAAGAAUUCAGUGGAAGCUAUGGUUUUUGGUUAAUGUAUUUGAGACAUCGCUUAAUUCAAUGACAAGUAUAACAUGCCAGAUAUUGCCAGUAUUGAAACAUCAUAACAUUUGUGAGCAGUGUAAUUUAACGUGUGAGCAAUAUAACAUCAUGUGUGAGCAAUACACAUUGUAUUUAUUACUGGUUGACAAUGUAAUAUUCCAUUUAUCACUGGUGAGUCAUGUAAUAUACAUUUUUCACUGGAGAGCAGUGUAAUAUUUCAUUUAUCACUGGUGAGCAAUAUGAUAUUCAUAUAUCACUGGUGAGCAGUUGAUAAGAAAUGUAUUUCUUUUAUCACUGGUGAGCAAUGUAUUAUUCCAUUUAUUAUUAGUGAGCAAUGUAAUAUUCAAUUUAUAACUGGUGAGCAAUGUAAUACUUAUAUUACCGUCGGUGACUAAUGUAAUGUUUAAUUUAUCACUGGUGAGCAAUGUAAUAUUUCAUUUUUCAUUGGUAACUAAUGUAAUAUUCAAUUUAUCACUGGUAACAAUUGUGCUAUUUUUUAACUGGUGAGCAAUGUAAAAUUUAAUUUUUCACUGGUGAGCAAUAUAUUUCAUUUAUCAUUGGUGAGCAAUAUAAUAUUUCAUUUAUCACUUGUGAGCAAGGUAAUUUUUUCACUGGUGAUCAAUCUAAUAUUUUUCAGUGGUGAGCAAUGUAAUACUGUAAAUCGUAAAAUAUUAGAGAUCUUAAAAUUUAGCAAAAUCAAAAUAAGUGACAUUUUAAUGACAUAAUUUUAGCGAGGUAGCCACAUCAGAAACUAAAAAAAGAAUAAGCUUAAGUUGUAGAGAGACAUCUUGAAGUUAGUUGAAAAUGGCAGUAAUGUGCAUGCUAACUAUUGUUUUUUGCUAUAUUUUGGUUUAAUCAAUACUAUGUAACCAUUGUUGUGCCUUCAGUUAAUCACAGACAAAACAAUUGCACAGAAAUAUUUUGGAACAAUCUGUUGUAUGUCUCUUUAAAUUUAGAGUCAUGAAAUAUUAGUGUGUAUGACCUCACAAAAUUUGCUAACAUUUUAUGCUCGCUAACAUUUCCUAAUUUACAGUAUUUUAUUUAUCACUAGUGAGCAAUGUAAUAUUCAAUUUAUAACUGGUGACCAAUGUAAUAUUUCAUUUAUCACUGGUGACCAAUGUAAUAUUUCUUUUAUCACUGGUGACCAAUGUAAUAUUUCUUUUAUCACUGGUGAGCAAGGUAAUAUUUCAUUAUCACUGGUGAGCAAGGUAAUAUUUCAUUUAUCACUGGUGAGCAAGGUAAUAUUUUAUUUAUCACUGGUGAGCAAGGUAAUACUUCAUUUAUCACUGGUGAGCAAGGUAAUACUUCAUUUAUCACUGGUGAGGUAUGAACAUCUUGCAUGGUACCAGCCACGUAUACAGUAUGCAAUCAUCAUUGUUUGUUUUGUCAAUACACUGAUGUUAUUUUUGUCAUGUCCGUUGAUAUUAUUUGUUUUAUUUGAAUUGUAUUUAAGUGUUAGAUACACUAUAUAAUACACUGGUGGAUUUUGUAUCUCACUGUUAAUAGAUAGAUAUGUAUUAGUACACAUAUUCCUUUCAUCUGUAUAUAUACCCCGUUACAUAUACAUAUAUACAGGUGCAUGCAGGUAUAUGCUGGUUGAAAUCAAAGACAAAGUUUGCUUCAAAAUUUUAUAAAGUGCUUAUGUUUGUGUUAUCACAUUUCCUUUUCAUGCUGCAUCAUUUUCUGUUUUUAUUUAACAUAUUCAGUAUAGAUGGUAAGACUUGUCAAAACCAAGCCGUUUGUCAUAACAUUUAAUAGCCAUUUAAUAGCUUGAAUUUUAUUAGAAACAAUUAAUUUCUCAAAAACUGUCUAUAAACAAAUAUAUAGCUAAAUAAGGAAAUAUUGACAGUUUGAUUAAUUGGAAGCAGAUGUUUUAUACAAUAUUUAUAAACGUCACAGUCAUCUAUGAAUUUAUGAAAUAAAAACUUAAUGCAAAUUACCAAGACAGUUAACUGUGAUCUCACUGGACACUAAAUUUUCAGGUGAUGUCAGUCUUUGUGUAAUUAUUAUUUCUAGCUACAAUGUGUGUGAUUUUACACCAUACGUUUACAGUGCACUCUCAAUAGCAACAGUACAUUAUUUGUAAAUAGACAUAUUAAUUUGGAUUCCUACAUUGUAUUGUAUGGAAACUUCUACAAAUAUUAUUCCGGUCUGUGUGUGUGGAUUUGGCUGGUAGAUAAACGACUGACAAACAGCAGACAUUCUGUGUAGUAUUCUUCCCAACUGUGUAACAGGUGUAUUAAUAGGUAAUCAUGGGCCGUAGAUACAAAUAUACUUCACACUAGGGUGUAUGUAUUCGUAGACUCCAUGCAUAUUCGGUUACACGUAUCAACUUAUGCAUGUGUAUUAUCAUUGAGCAUUGUACAAAGCCCUUUUAUACAAGUGUAUUAUAUCUGUGAAGCAUAUAUUGGCAUACAUUUAAAGUUUUUUAAUGUUCCAAGUCGUCUUCAAUCAUGACAUUUUCCUGGGCUGGUUAAAGUCAUUCCAUUUAUCAACAUAUUUGUGAGUAAGUAAGGUAACAACGCUGUUCAAGGCUUGUCACUACUAGUAAAGAUGAAAUCUUAAAGGUAUUUUUAAUAUAUAAACAAUUAGUACUAAUGUGUAUUUUUUUAAAUGCAUUUUUAAAAAUUAAAUAAGGCAUUCAUUAAAAUAAUUAAAAACUUAAUAAUAAUUGUCUAGAGUGAGAUGAAACUGGACAAAAUGAAGCACUGCGAUGGGGAUGUUGUACAAUGAACUAAACGGUGACAUAGUUUACACAUCACCACAGCUGUUGGUGUCUGUUGAUACAGAAACUAAUGGGGAGAUGAGGUUAUGGUUAUUCAAAGCACUGGAGUGAUACAUACUGUAGUAGUACUGAAUGUGUAGGCCAUUCCACCCACGAUGAGAGAUUUAUAGUCAUUCAGUCUUGGAUACUGCUAGUAAUUCUUUCUGUGAGAGUAUAAUUUACCAUGCAGAAUAGCUAUGUCGUAUAGUACAUUUAGCCAGGUUUUUAGUGCUCACUUUACUUAGGUAUCUGUGACGUCUUCGUUCCGAUUACAAUAUGCAAAUGAACAAAUGUGACAGCUGUGAUAAUAGACCAUUAUUCAUCUAUUAAAUAUCUACGCCCGUGUAAUCACUAUUAGGCCAUGCUGGAUUAUUUCUGUGUUUGGGUCUGCAUACAUUUAUCUUUCAGUAUCUAAAACUUAUUUUAAUACCCAUUUUAAAUAAUAGAAAUGUAAUUAGUUUUCCUUUUACAGAUGAUGAAUAGAUGUAUCUUGUAUGAUCACUAUACUGUGGAAGAGGUAAAGAUAUUUAAUGUGUAGCAACACAGCUGUCUAACCUAAAGAUGUUUUCUUAAGAUGAUUAUAUUGUAUGAUCUAACACUUGGUGAAGUUGAAUGUGGAACUUUCAGUUGAUAUAAGAACUAAACUAACGAACUCGUGUCCAGUUAUCACGGCAGUUAGUCAUUAGAUCUUACACAGAACCCGAUUAUUAUAUAGCUGUGAAAAGUAGCUAUUUCCAAUUACAAUACACUGGAGACACUAAAAUGAUGUUUUCACGCAAUGUGGCUUAAAGGCCUGCAUGUUUAUUGGUCAUCUUAGCCAGUGUCUGAUUUUAUAUUGGGGAUUUCCAUUCAUUGUUUGGCAAUGAACAAAUAAUUUUAAAAAUUAUUGAAAAGUUCUUGUAAUGGAUUUAUUGAUAUUAAAUAAACAUUUGUGAUAUAAAUAUAAAAUAUUCUGCACUUUAGAUUAGAUCCAUAGGGAUUUUUUUUUUAAAAACCCCACCAAUAAAUACAGUCCGCAUUAACGUUUUGACCAUACCGUAGGUCUUUAUGUAAUUAUAAUUUUGACAAAGGCUAUGGCGAAACGUGAACUAGAGGGUGGUCACUGGAUUGGUCAGACUAUUCAACCGAAGAUAUUCCACUUUGUUUUUUAAAUGAUCAGUUCCGAUACUAGCUCUUGGGCUAUGCUUAUUGGCUGUUUGCGAGUCGCUCAACUGGUUGUGUUUUAGUGUACAUUCAGUAAAUCAUUGUAUAAUAGCAGUGGUGAUAGAACCCAUUUUACUCGUCUUGUGAAAUAUUAACUAUAUAUAAAUAUAUUAUACAUUAUCAGAAAUAAACAUAUUUGUAUGUUUCAGUAAA